CGCGUACUCAUUGGAGAGGCGUGGCACCAGCGGCCAUUGAAAAAUGGCGACUGUUACUGAGCUGAAAGCUGUUUUAAAGGACACCUUGGAAAAAAGGGGAGUGUUAGGACAUUUAAAAGCAAGGAUCCGUGCUGAAGUUUUCAAUGCCCUGGAUGAUGAUCGUGAAUCCCGACCAUCGUUGUCUCAUGAGAACCUUCUAAUUAAUGAAUUAAUUAGGGAGUAUUUGGAAUUCAAUAAAUAUAAAUACACAGCCUCUGUCCUCAUAGCAGAAUCUGGUCAACCUGUAGUUCCGUUGGACAGACAGUUUCUCAUCCGUGAACUAAAUGCCUUUGAAGAAUCAAAGGAUAACUCAAUCCCUCUGUUAUAUGGAAUUUUAGCCCAUUUCUUGCGUGGUCCUUCAGAUGGAGUUCAGAAUGUGCUUCUGACAGAGUCAACACUGCACCCUGCAGACAAGCAUCUCAGCUGGAAGCCCACCAGAAGACCAGAUGGUGACUACCAGAAGAAGGACACAGGGCCAAGAACCACAACUGAAGAGCUGCAUGCUGCUGCACAAGCAGUCAGUAGAUGAUGCAUGCCCUAGGCUCUUCACCUCAGCUGCGUGUGGAGUAACUAACUUAUCAUUCCCAAUGCCAUCCAUUGGACCACCACUGUUUGUAAAUUUCGAGUGUCUACAAACAUUCAGCUGCUCAUGGUUUCUUCGGAACGCUGGUCUGUCAUCUAGCUUGCUGGAUGCCACUGGGGGACAUUUCUUGUUUUUAGGAUGUAUUUUUAAAGUUCUCAUUUGUGAAAUCCAAAAGGGCUUUUUAGUACUUUGUAUAAUUUUUUUGUUUUGUUUUUGAAGGCCAGCUCUAAGGGCUGAUGAUGUGCUGCUGGUAAAGCUCUCCCCUCCCAUGUGCAAGGUCCUGGGUUCAGUCCUAGCACUGAAGAAAGAAAACACAAGAACAGGUCUUUGUCCAUAGGCUCUGCUCAUUAAACUUUUUUCAGCUAGAAUUAUACGGACCUAUGGGGAAAGUCAUUCAUGUUUUGAAAAAAUAUUUAAAGGAGCAUUAAAACCAAAACGUAAUUUGUAUAAAGUUUGAUUUUUAAAAAAAUAUCUGCAUUACUGCCUGCUCCAACUAGUUUUGUGUCAACUUGAUACAAGCUAGAAUGAUUUGGGAAGAGGGACUCUGAAUUGAGAAAACCCCUCAAUCAGACUGGCUUCUGGGCAAACCUGUAGUACAUUUUUCUUAUUCAUGAUUGAUGUGGGAGGGUCCAGCCCAUUGUGGGUAGUGUCACCCCUGAGCAGGUGAUCCUGGGUUCAGGAAGAAAGACUGAGCAAGCUGUGGGGAGCAAGCCAAUAAGUAGCACUCCUUUGUGGCCUCCGCAUCAGCUUCCGCCCUGGCUUCUCUCAGUGAUGAACUGUAAGCUGAAUAAACCAUUUGCUUCCCAA